AAUGGAUCUGUGGUAUCAAGUUAAAAACUGCUACCAUCAUAAUUGGUGUUCUGUGCAUAUUAUUUGGUUUAAUCGGAUUAUACUCGAUUAUUAUAUCCGGUAAUAAGGCCAGAAUCAAAAACACUGGUCUGACUAAAGCAAGCUUGUUGAUAUUCGGUGUUAUUACCCUUCUGGGGGCCGUUCUUGUUGGAAUUUUAUACAUUUAUGGGGCUAUUAAGGGACACCGAAAAAUAAUUCUUGUUGGGUUGUUGAUACAUUUCGCUGUUGCAGUUAUUGAUGGUUUUCUUAUCUUGAUUGGUACCGCCACAAGAUCGAAAUAUACCGAUGACGAUAGUGUACUUAAAGAUACAAAUAAGUCAUAUCGAAUAUUCAAUUACUUUUUUGGAAUUGCACUUUUAACGAUAUUUGGAGCCUAUUUUCUACUAAUUGUAAACAGUUUUCGAAUGCAACUUAAAAUUGAACCACCAAAGCAGGAACCACUUCACAUUUUAGUUUCACAGCCGAGUUCAGAGCCGAAAAUUAAGAAGUCUCCAUCUGAAAGCACUUAUAAGAGUCAGAUUCCGGGUGACAGGCUUCAGGUUCAAACUGAUCCAAUCCAAACUGCAGCCAGAAGGUUAAGUUAUAAAGAAAGAAUUAGGAUGAUGCAAUUUAAGGACACUCAGAUGAAAGACGAUCAGACUCCGAGUGGCAUACCUCAGGUUCAAGCUGCUCCAAUCCAAACUGAAACCAGAAGAUCAAGUUUUAAGGAGGAAAUUAGACUGAGGCAAUUUAAGGAAACUAAGGCGCAAGACGAUGAGACUCCGGGUGAUAUACCUUUUAGCACACUUUACUGGGAGGCCUCGGAACAGAGUGACGGCGAAGAGGAAAGCCCGCUAAUAACAGAAGGUGUAUCAUCACAUCAAUCACAGAUAACGCAGACUUCUUCUAGCUUGGAUGCUACAGAACAGAGUGAAGACGAAGAGGAAAGCCCACGCGAAGCAGAACGGGUACCAUCACGUCAAUCGAAGUUAACGCAAACUUCUUCUACUUCCAUUUUCCAACGCACAACUUGAAAAUUAAAUAGUUUGGUACAGUGGGAAUAAUUUCAUUUGAGCUUUAAUAUAAAGCUUGUUGUAUUAGAUAUUAUUUAACACAAUU